AUGUCAUCUGCCACACAGGUCCAGCUGAUCAACUACUCUGUGUGUAUUACAGCCUUCUGCCAUGAGUCUUACAUAGUAACAGGAUACUGUAAAGACCUAGGUACACCACCACCCAACUGUGCCCCUGUUCUAGGAUUUUUUUUUUCUCAAGCUUGCAGAUCCAGCACCAGUGUCACCAUCACUUGCUCCAGAGCUGCUCAAACAGACCUGCAGAUAUUGUCAUCCUCAAAUGUCUCUUCAUCAUCCCCAUCAGUCCUCUCAAACCCUGUAGACUCAUCAGACGAUAGCAGAGAUAUCUCCAGGGGGUUCUUCUACCUGGUCCCUUGUCUUCAUCUUGUAGAUAAAUAUCGGCAGGAGAACAACAGGACGGAGGUCACAGAGUUCCUUCUCUUAGGAUUUCAGGUCAGUCGAGGUUUAAGACUUUUCCUGUUCUGUCUGUUCCUUGUGGUUUAUUGUCUGAUAAUAUGUGGGAAUCUCCUGAUCAUCACCCUGGUGUCCACCAGCAAGAACCUCCACACCCCAAUGUACUUCUUCAUCUCACAUCUGUCCAUCAGUGACAUCUUGUUAUCCACAGAUAUUGUCCCCAAUAUGCUCCACAUCCUACUGAAUAAUGGGGGGACCAUGACUUUUAUUGGUUGUAUCACUCAGUUUUAUUUCUUCUGCACCUCAGAAAUAUUUGAAUGUCUUCUCCUCGCUGUGAUGUCUUAUGACAGAUAUGUGGCCAUCUGUAAUCCUCUCCGUUACUCUUCUAUCAUGACAAGUGGACAUAGUGUUAUACUGACCGUCAUCUGUUGGUUCUUUGGAUUUUUUAUGACUUUGAUUUACACCAUAACAACAGCAAAGCUAAACUUUUGUGGAUCAAACAUCAUUGACCAUUUAUUCUGUGAUAAUCUUCCUUUAAUAAAACUUUCCUGUUCUGAAACCUUCAUUGUUAACUUGGAGAGUUAUGUAAUAACCAUCCCAGGCAUCUUCAUCCCAACCACCAUCAUUGUAAUGUCUUAUACUUAUAUUGUUUUUGUAAUCCUAAGGAUCCCAUCCAAUACUGGUAGACAGAAAGCCUUCUCCACCUGUAGCUCCCACCUCAUUGUGGUCUCCAUAUUCUAUGGGUCUUUGUUCAGUGUUUAUGUUGUCCCAACAAAAGGAAAAACACCCACCAUGAGUAAAAUCCUCUCCCUGCUAUAUACUGUGUUUACUCCUUUGGUCAACCCCAUUAUAUACAGUCUGAAGAAUGAAGACAUUAAAAAAGCUGCACUGGAAACACUUCAUAAGAGGGAGAUCUGUUAA